GGCUCGAGGGUCACACACCACCAGAGGCAUCGCACGUGAAAGCAUCGCAUAGUUCGCAAAACCCCACGUAACGAUGUCUCCCCGUGAAUCCGAAUUUCACCCAUCUUUAAUUUAAGCUCUCAUUCACAGAUCAUAAUCUACAGUUUAACGCUUUCAGCACCUAUAGAUCUGAUAAAAAUCACAAGGUUUCUUUUAUCUGCGUCAAGCUCAAGUUCACCGGCGGCAAUGGCGGAUUGGGGCCCGGUUCUAGUGGCGGUGGUGCUGUUUGUGCUAUUAUCGCCAGGAUUACUGUUCCAGUUGCCGGGUCACAACAGGGUGGUGGAGUUCGGCAGCAUGCGGACCAGCGGCGCCGCCGUGAUCGUUCAUGCUGUUGUCUUUUUCGGCAUUCUCACCCUCUUCCUGAUCACCAUCGGCGUUCAUGUAUACGCCGGCUAGUAAUUUAAACUUUAACCUUAAACCAUCAACUAUUAUAUUUACAUUUACCCCUUACUUGUUUGCUUUAUGUGCUCUUUAAGCCCUUCAUCUAUGAUCUAUGUGCUCUUUAACCCCUUAAUCUAUUACAUUGACCGUUUCA